CGUCGUAAAAAUUUUCGCGAGCAAUCGACACACUUCAUACGCGAUUUUCCUCGGCAGUGAAUCAGUCUCUUCCACGUUAAACUCUUAAGAAGCCAAUUGACACGAAGUUACAGCUACAAUGUAGCUCUAAAACCGAAACGCGAACGCGAUUGUUUUUUCCGCUUCAGCAAAGAUUUCUUUUCACCGCUUUUACCGCAGUGUCUAUAUUUCAUUUUCUCCAUAACACGAAUUUAACACUUAACAAUUUUAACGAUACCCGUAUCGAACGAAUAUCGCGAAUUACUUCUUAAAACUUCUUAAAAACAAUUGCUAUUCGUGUAAAUAUAAAACAGUGGUCAAUAAUUAAAUACAUAAUCAUCAUUAUUCGAUAUACCAACCAAAAUUACCAAUGAAACACGUCGAGUCAGCUGAUUGAAAUUCUCAAGAGCAACCAAAACCAACACCUCUACCAAGAAAUAAUCAAAUUGGGACAUCGUAGUGGCAAGAAAGACGAUAUCGAGAUAAAGUAAUCAAACAACUCCGAUCACAGAACUCGAAUCAAAAUAUUAUUAUUCUUUUCCGAGAGAAAUCGAAUAUUUUUUGGAAAGUUAUAUAAAAAAGGGAAAAAAAGAAACGUUCGCUGGGGGCGAUCGAUAACGAGAAGAGACCAGUUCCAGUUAACCCAAACACAAGUACUCCGUGUGCGGAGCUUAAAGGGACCCAUUGUUACGAUUUCUUCUAUGCGGCAAGAAUCCCAGAACGGUCUGAAGAUCAGACCAGCGGGUGACCACGGUGUGCAUCACGGUGGUGUCAUGCUUGAGGAAGACAUGGCUGGCGCCCAGGAUACUAUAUACCUGUGCAACUUCCGUGUGUCGGUGGACGGCGAGUGGCUGUGCCUGAAAGAGCUUCAGGAUGUCGAGUUCUCGUUGCACGACUCGAUUCAACGAUCCCCCUCACCACCGCUUGCGCUAAGUGCACGAGAUCCAGUCAUCAUCGAGAGGAGUAACCUCGUUAAUAUCUCGAAAUUAAUCGUGAAGGAGCUGAUCGAAACGUCUUUGAAGUAUGGUCGAAUGCUCGACUCUGAUCAUAUGCCAUUGCAACAUUUCUUCAUCGUUCUUGAACACGUGCUUAGGCAUGGUUUGCGACCAAAGAAGGGUCUCCUUGGACCCAAGAAGGAGCUUUGGGAUAUUCUACAACUCGUUGAGAAAUAUUGCCCCGAAGCGCAGGACAUUACGUCCAGUAUUCGUGAUCUACCUACUGUUAGGACCGCCAUGGGUAGGGCGAGAGCAUGGUUGCGUAUGGCGUUAAUGCAGAAAAAGUUGGCGGAUUACUUAAAAGUUUUGAUCGAUCACAAAGAGGACAUACUGUCCGAGUAUUUCGAGCCUGAUGCUCUGAUGAUGAGCGAGGAGGCGAUCGUUAUAAUGGGCCUGUUGGUGGGUUUGAACGUGAUCGAUUGCAAUUUCUGCGUAAAGGAGGAAGACCUCGAUUGUCAACAAGGGGUGAUCGAUUUUUCAUUGUAUCUGCGGAACAGCAAUCAUAUACCUGGUGAAUCCCCAGACGACGAGCUGGAGAAUGACAACAUGACCACCGUGCUCGAUCAGAAAAAUUACAUCGAGGAGCUGAACCGACACUUGAACGCGACUGUGACCAACCUUCAAGCUAAAGUGGAAUCAUUGACAACGACGAACGCUCUCAUGAAGGAGGAUCUCUCUAUCGCUAAAAAUAAUAUAUUGUCCCUUCACGAGGAGAAUAGACAAUUGAAGAAAGAGUUGGGAAUCGAGAUCAAAGACACGAACGAGAACGGGAAACCACCGAUCAAAAUCACUGAAACGACCACGGAAAUCGAGGAGUUGAGAAGUAGAUUAGAGGCUGAAAAGAAAAUGCGGCAGGAUGUAGAGAAGGAAUUAGAGUUGCAGAUGAGCAUGAAGUCGGAAAUGGAAGUGGCUAUGAAACUGUUGGAGAAAGAUAUUCACGAGAAACAAGACACGAUUAUAUCGUUACGGCGACAACUCGAUGAGAUCAAAUUAAUUAACUUGGAAAUGUAUAAAAAGCUACAGGAAUGUGAGCACGAACUAACGCAGAAAGGGGAAAUGGUGAGCCGGCUGCACGCGAAGACGAAUCAAAUAGGGAAGAUCCUGAAUAAUCUCGAGAAGUGCAACCACAUGAAAAAGGAGGUGGAGAAUAUUCGUAGCCCGACGACACCGAGCAGUGUAUCGAAAUCGAUUCUAAAUAAGACCAGUCCCACCUCGCCCAGAUGUUACACGUCCGCUGACAAUGCGGUCGAUUAUCAACAACAUCCCCAGUCCAAUAAUCAGCAACAAUCGGCUAACAAUCUACAAAAGUCGACUAAUAACCAGCAGCAAAUAUCAUCAUCCAUUAACCAUAAUCACCAACAAUCCAAUAACGUUCAACAAAAGUCUGUCGUUAAGCAAUUAGAUUCCCCUAAUAAUAACAAACAAACGAGGGUAGACGCUCAACAAAAUGGCGCCAAGUGCAAGGGUACGGCGAAGCCUGAUAAAAGAGAGCAGAGUAACGGUGAGGUUUCCGUGGGGGAAUCCGGAGAGGAACGAUCAACCGCAUAAAAUAAACAUUGUCUUUCUAGAGAAAUGGUUUUUAUACUAUGCAUCUUCUAUCACUACGUUUAAUAUUUCGAGCAAUCGAAAGCGUAAUCGAAAGACAGUUAAUUCUUUAUACGAAAGGUGUUCCUGAUAUGACCAAUGACAUUUUGAAAAGUGUCCAUGUGUAUAAUAUUAUAUUAACAUUAUAAGUUUAUAUUAUGUAAUAUUAUUUUAAAUUUUUCUUUCUAAGAUGUUUAUCGUAAUAAUAUUUAUAUACUUUUAAUUAUUAUAGCAGCUUUUUAAACAAGUUGAGUUAACAGAAAGAGCUUAAAUGUUAUUUAAGUCGGUGGAUAUAUAUAUAUAAUUGUAUAGUGUAAAUGCAAUCGAAGCCUAAAUGCAUAACUGUUUGACAUGAGAAAAAAAAAUUAACGUUUAUGGACUCUAUGGUUGUUAUCGAUUAAUCGUUAAAAUGUUGUUGGAUCAUUCAGAAGCACUGCUAUUAUAUAUUUAACACUAUAUCAAAAUAUCACUUAGACCUUUCACAGGACAGAACUUUAUAUAUAUAUAUAUAUAUCUAAAACGCGUAGAAUAUUUAACGAGGAUUUAAAACGAAAUAUCCGAUAAUUAAUUAUUUAGCAUUAUUCAUGCAUCAAUAGGCUUUCAAUACAGCAUUCAUCGUGGUGUGUUUCGAUCGAGACACUCUAUGGAAUUAACUGUGCUCUGUUAACGGCAUAGUUACGCUGUUUAAUAAUAAAAUUGCUAUUAUCUGCAUGGAACUACUACCGAGGACAAUAAUGUUAAUAGAUAUAUAUUUCUUUUUUCAUUAUCUUCGCAAUUGGUUUCCGUUUUAUCUUCCAUUAUAUUCUGAUUAUUAUUACUCUAUUAUCAUUGUAGAGUGUCUCGCACAUGUGUUUUCAAUCUAAAGGGGACGUAUAUUUAUAUUUUGAUUGAAAUGUUAAUUAUCUUGUCACAUUGGUAGCAUUGUAUCUUCCUAAUAGACAAUUUAUUAUUGAAUAUUUAACAGAAGAGAUUUAAUUUUUUGAGAGAAAUACAGUAGUGCCAAGUUUUAGUAGUAUCCAAACUUUAACAAAUCUCAUCUCCAUCAAUUCUUUAAGGUGUGAUCUUGAAGAUUUAAAUCAUGCUGGAAAUUUAACUUAGAUUCUUCCUCAAACUCACAUUCAUUUCCUCCACUUCCAAACUUCUAAAGUUGGUACUACUGCAAAUGAUCUACCACCUGACAAAUGAUUAAUAUUCGUUCAAGGAGAUUGAAAAUUCAUUUUUCAAUGCAUGAUUUUUCAGUUAUGUUCGGAAUUCUUUUCUUUUCUUUUUUUUUUUUCAAAGGAAUUCUUUUCUUUAAAUCGUGAGUUUGCAGCUGCAAAACAUUUACAUCUCUAUAGAAUUGUGUGCGAAUUUCAGGGUUGUUCCUUUAAGUAGUGAGAUAGAACGAAACGAUUCUUUUACUGAAACAUAGUUUAUUUCAGGAGUGCGAAGGCUCGCUUAAGCAUAAAACAGAACUGAUCACUAAAUUGGAGGCUAAGACGCUAUCGAUGACUGAGACCAUCCAGAAAAUGGAUGAGAAGUAUGUUUAAUUUUGUCUUUCAUUAGUGUUAAUUAAUUUGUAAGCACUUGACUGAUUCGGUAUUCUAGAUUAUACGUUACAGUUCGAGCUAAUUUAUUAAAGUCAAUAAUAAAAACGUUCUAUCGCGUAGAAUUUAUGUCGUUUUCUGGUUACAUAUCGUGAGUUUCGCCGCUUCACGUCAUGGUUGUAAAAUUUUGUUUUUGUCACGUUGAAAUGUUCGCGUAGCAUCGAAUCAUCAAUGCGAUUAACUAACGAGAAGUCUUUGGUAUUACGAAUCAUGGUUUCGAUAAUUUGAUGAAAAAAAUUAAAUUUGAUUAAAAUAUCAGACAAUUUUUCUCCCUAUAAAAUUUAUUUAAAAUGUUGUUCUAGUUGAAACAAAUAUAUUAAUAUAUUGUUGAAGUAUUAAUCCUUAAAUAUAUGGCUACUUUUAAAUAUAAUAAUAUAACUUUUAAAUUGCAAAUUUAUAAAGAUACAGAAGAUACUAAUUUGAAAAGUUCAUAUUAUUUUUGAGUUUAUUAUAUAUGAAUUCAUGAAAAAAUUGUACUAUACUAAAAUGAUUUUGAUAUUACUUUUACUAUUUGAUAUACUUUUUACUAUUUGAUUUACUAUUUAUAAUAUAUUAUAAUUGUGUCUUAUAAUUAUCCAAUAAAAGUAUCAAUAUAUAUUGCCAAAUAAUAUUUAAGGGUUAAUAUUAUACCCUAGAAAGUUAGAAAUUUUUAUUAUUUAAUAACGAAAGAAGAUUGUCUAAUUUAAAAAAUUUCUCCAUGAUGUAAAAAAAACAUUUCAAAUACCAAAGUCUUUCUUAUAUCAUUCCAUCUUCUAAUACUUCUAAUUUGACAAAAAAUCUCUCACUGCUCUUCAUUUAUCCCGGAGGAGGAACGUUAUUGAUAACAAACGACAAACGAAAAAAGAAAAAAAAAGAAAAAGAAUAAAAGAAAUAAAAAAGAGAAGAAGAACUUACUAAAAUAUUAUCUUUAUUAUCGUCAAUCGUUUUUAGCGAUUUACAUACAAAAAAAAAAAAAAAAAAAAAAAGAAACUUAGUCGUUGUGAUAACAAAUUUUCUAUAACUCGUCGAUUUGUUCGACGAUCAUUGUGUGACAACGUCGAGAAACGAUGAAUAAUAUACGCUCGAAGGCUGUAGAAUUAGAGGUGAUUUAUUUUUUACGUAGGCGUCUCGCGAACGCGAUCUGACUUAGAGUAGAUUAGCCAAGGCAAACAUAGUAUAGAUUAUCGUUAACGGGGAUGUUGGCAAACCUUCACUCAAAGGCUACUCGAUUUAAGAUUAUUAAUUCUAUACAUAUAUAUAUAUAUUAAUAAUAUAUAUAUAUUAUUUAUAUACAAGGCAAUUUCAGAAAUGGAUAACCAAACUUUCUUACUGUAUUAUUAUUCCUAAGGAUGGAGAAAGGAAAUUUUAUUACAAAAUACUAAAAAAAUUACUACUUUUUCCUAUAUAGAAGAAUAAAUAUCUAUCUAACGUGAUCAAGAUAUUUGUAAUAUUUCUCGAUAAAUUAGAUUUUAUCUAAAUCUUUGAUUCGAGUACGAAUAAAAAUUUUCAUAUAUUGUACACGAUCUUUUUUUCGUAUUUAAGGAGAAUAAAAAAAAAAAUUUGGUUGUUUAUUUCUGAAGCAGGCUUAUAUAUAAUACACAUUAUAUAUAAAUAUUAAUGUUAUUCAUGUUUCCCGCAAUAAUUGGUAGAUUUAUACCUAAAUAUAUAAUUAAAAAUAAUAUAAUGCUAUCGGAGAGGGGAUAGCGCAUAGAGACGUGUUGAUCUUUCGUAUCGUUGAUCUUGCCUUGCUCGUGCGCGAAAUAUAACUUCUUUUGUCUUAAUUAAUGCUCGUCGAUCGAAAUAUUUGAUGAAAUCUGAUGGUAUCUGGUCAAUUAGAAUAACGUAUCAGGAUGAUGAUACCACAGGAUGAAUUUACACAGGGACUGGCUUGCGAUCAUUUUUAUUCUUUUACUCUUUUAGCAUUAAUUAUCUGCUUAUUAUUUCUCUUCGACAAUUAUAUUUGCUUUUAUAUCGAUCAAAUUGUUUCUCGAUCGUGUAUAUGUAUAUAAUAUAUAUCCUUCGUCGUUAUAUACACAGACACACGUUAUGUACACAUGUUUGUGUCGUUCACGUUCAUCGAGACACAUACGAAGCAAACGUGCCAUAUACCAACACUAAUCUUUAUAUAAAUAUAAUUAUGUAUAAGCAUCGAGCAAUGGUUCUUUAUAAUGCACCGAGACACUUGUGUGCUUGUAUAUCAAUUCAGCGGAAAAUAAAUUCAUGACAGAAGAUAGUCUUUUUUUACCAUUUAAUUACCCUCAAGAUCAUCAUCUGUCGGAUAUAAUAAGGCGAUGU